AGGGAAUGAGAGAUGUGAGGACUAGAGAAGCAGCACGAUGGUAGGAUGAAAAAAGGGAGGAAGAGGAAAUAUAUGAAGGGAGGAGACUAGAGAACGGGAAUUAGCCUCCGCAUGGAUAAGCCUGCUCUACUGUUAUUACUCUCUCCUGUCUGACUCAUCCCCCCUUUCUCUCUCCAUUCAUUGGUGCAUUCUGCCUGUAUGCACCGAUCAACAUGAACACACACACACACACACACACACACACACACACACACACACACACACACACACACACACACAGGCAGCUCCUCCUCCUCUGCAGUGUAGCGACAGCUUUAGAGAGCAGCAAUGGAGGAGACAGCAGUGCAGAAGGAAAAAACAGAGAUAUCGUGGGAGGGAGGGCAUGAUGGUGGGAAGACAGACUGGAAGAAUGAGUGCUCUCUCUCUUCUCUCCUGAAACAUUCUUGUCUUCUUUGCUGGUCGUCUCCCAGGGACAACGAUGUCGUGGAAACAGAUGAGAGAGUCCUCGCCAAGGUAGCGGAGAUCAGAGUAAGAAGACCACAGCACCUAGCUCUGGAGCUAGAAAAUGCAGUGGCAGUUGAGAACUUGGAACUCCAGGAACAGCAGUCGGACCGCAAGGAGCUGGAGGAGACCCUGGUUAAAUUAGAUCAACACAAAGAGAAGCUGUCACAGCAGAUAAAGGCAACCAGACAGCUCUGCUAUGAAGAAAGUCAACAGAUUCUGUCUCUGCAGGCGGAGGAGGUGCAGAAGGAGAGCCAGGUGGAGGAAUAUGAGAGAGAGCUUGCCAGAGCCAGGUGGAGGUUGAGGAAGCUCAGAGAGGAGGUGAAACAAGCCAAGAGGAAGGCGGAGGAGGCUGGAGAGAGGAACACUCCACUGCAAGACUCCAUCAGACAGUCCUAUGAAGAGAUCCUGCAGGAGGAAAACACUCUGUGCUCUCUGUCAGGAGGGGCAGUUACUCCAGAGAGCCAACUAGAGGAGUCAACAUCCCCGGCAGACACCACUGAAGAUGAUCCACUUCCCAUGAGGCCAUGGGGAAGAAGCCAAUCACUGCCCGCCUAUGCUGACAUGAUAAUGGCGAUUAGUGGCUCGCCCUUCUGCAAUAAUCUAGCUGGUACAAGGGAAGACGACAGUGGGACCAGCUCACCGAAGAUGGACAGAUCUGACAUAGAGGAUGACCCAGACGAAGGAGAGCUCAACGAUGUAGAGAACAAAGACAGAGAGCAGGAAGAGUCCAUUAUUAACCCAAAGCGUCUCAGUCAACUGGACUUUUACCAAGCUGACCCCUUCGCCCACUGUCAGAGUGACCAUGACCUCUUCACUAAACACCUAUUUCCUAUAAUGGAUUCAACUGAUGAAUUUACUUCAGACCCUUUCAAAGGCAGUGACCCAUUUGCAGCAGACAUUUUGUUUCCAGAACCGAACGUUGGCACUGAUGACGGGACGGGAAAUGUCGGCGAUGAGGCAGACACUAGUCUGUCCUGUGCUGAAAACAAAGCCUCAACAGGCACUCAGUGCUUUGAGUCAGAAUUCCCAGAUGAAGACAGUGACAUAGAGAUAAGCUACAGCCGAGAGGACUUAGACGCCAUUGCUGUGGCAGAUGAUUCCCGUGGAUUUAAACCCAUUCAGAGCUCAUCAGAAGAGCUGGGGCCUGAACCGAUCCAGGGCUGGAGGUCCCAGGGCCAGUAUUCUGUAGAAUCAGACCCCAAUGGGUAUGAGCUGGAUCUUGGUGCCAUCUCCCCGCCCUCUGACAUAGAAGAACAUAGUCUGGGAUCUCUAGCUGGGGAGGCAACCAAUGAGGCAACAGGAGGACUAGAACAAGGUCUGCAUUCUGGUGUGGCUGAGGCUGUCACCGAGCAUGGUGGGCCUGUCCUUUUCGAACCAGAUUGGGAACGUAACGUAGAGGAAACGCUGCUCUGUGAUAUAACUUCCUCUCAGGCAACAGAAUGGGCUGGCGACACUGACCAGGAGCCCCAAAAUCCUGCAACUCCUCAAAACUCGCUAGAUUCCCUGAACCGUUCUGUUCAGCCUGACUCACAGCAGAACAGCUUUGAGUUAAACUAUGAACCAACCAGUCAGUCUUCCUUUGACCCAUAUGGGUUCAAGCUCAGUCCAGAGCAUUCUAGUCACACCCUCUUAGACCCUGAUGAAGCUGAGCUAAGCCCAGAACCUGCUGAAAAUGAUCUAGCAUUUGAUCCAGAGCCUUCCUCUUCUCAACCAGACCAACUCAACUUCGAUGCCUAUGGGUUUGAUAUCACUUCCUCCGAGAUGGUACGGGACUCUGACCCGUAUGGCUUUAAGCUCAGCCCUGAGGAAGAGAACCAGGAGGUAUUGGAUAUAUGUGCUCAUGAUAACCAGGAGGCAAUGGACCUUUGCACCUAUGACAACAAUAAGCAAAUAAAACCCUCUAACUAUAGCAACCAGGAAGUAGUGAAUCCUCACAUAUGUGAAAACCAAGAAGUGCUUGAACAUUGUAGCCACAAUAACCAGGAAUUUCUGGAUUUGUGUAGCAAUGGAAACCAAGAAGUGCUGGAACCAUCUAGCCUUGACAACAGGGAGUUGGUUAUGCAUGAAAACCAGGAACUGCUGGAUCUCUGUUGUCAUGACAACCAAGAGGUGGUAGAACCCUAUUCCAAUAUUAGCAAUGAGGGACUACUUGAACCUCCUGACUACGACAACCAAGAAGUGCUCGAAUCUUGUAGCCAUGGCAAUCGGGAACUGCUGGACUUCUCCCAUUCUGAAAAUCAGGAAGUGCUUGAUUUAGAUAGCCGUGGCAACCAAGAACUGCUGGAUUUUGGCAGCAAAGAAAAUCAAGAAGUGCUGGUUUUAGAUCGCCAAAACACACAGGGACUCCAGGAUCUCCGUAGCCAUGAAAAUCAGGAAUUGUUAGACUUAGGUAGCCAUGACAACCAAGAGGUGCUAAACAUGCUGUGUAAAGAAGUUUCCCCAGAAGCUAACAACAACCAAUGCAUUGUGGAGCCAGAGCGCAAUGUCAUUUCUACCAAUAACAGCUCAGAUAGUGAUGUGGCAUCAGAAGACUUGCUAGGAUUGGAACUCUGCAACACCACUGUCUGCACUGCCAACACCACAAACACUAUUACUGCUGACAUGGCCAUCAGCAACAGGUCUGCCAACCUGGACCUCAGUUCUUCCACUGCUCCGAACCAUCAGAACUUGUUAGAAGGGGAUCUGGGUUUAGUGUUUGGGGCUGGAGGAUACAUUGGUUGUCCUGAUGUAGCUGACGACCUAGAGCCCAUGGACAGAAAGCAGGCAAAGCCAGCAGCAGAACCAGUACAACCAGUCAGACCAGUUAGGCCACCUCGGCCAUCUCUCAGGGCCAAGGAGAAGGCCCAGUCCCAGACUAAGGGCAUCGACCUGAAGUGAUCUUUCACCAACAAAGACUCGUGGGGGUUACCAUGUCAGCAGGUGUCAACGUAAUGGGGAAUAAAGCAAGAGGAUGGAUGAUAAAGUGGAGACAAAUGACAAUGAAAAAAAGGACGGACAAUUAAAUAGAAGGGAGAGAGACAUCGUUCUGUUAUGUUCAUAAAGUAGUCUAAUCAAGUCAGAAGAGAAAGAGAAGUAAAUAACUGUAAAAAGUAACAGAUACCAUGGUAAUAGUUAGCUCUGAAAGACUUAUUAAUUAAUGUUAUGGAAAUGUGAUUAGCUUGUUGCUUCAGCCUAUAUAGAUUGAUUUAUAGAAGUCAGGAUUGGAAGCAACUAUCUGAAAUUGAACAGCAUUCUUCGAGGGUUGUCUAACAUAAAAUAAACUGUUCCCAGAUUUUUUUUUUUUUGUCACAGCUAAUGCCAGUUAAUUAACUAUGAGGUUUUUAUUAAUUGUGAUCUAUGAUGUGAUGAUUUUAUGAAGGUUCUGACAGAGCUGGCUUGUCUGCAGCGAAAAAAUACCCCCAAUUUUGAUUUGAAAUUAAUGUCGGAACAUGUAUAGGUGGACUUUAUCACAUAGAUGAAAUGUAUAUAAAUUAUAUACUGUACUCUGCUGUUGUGGUUUUGAGAUUAUCUAGUCAAUUAGUAGUUUAGGUCUAAGUUGGAUGCAAGCUGUAGAGGGAGUUUGGUCAGGUUUCACAGUGAGUGUUUAGCCAUACAAUCAAUACAGUAACACACCCAGUGUUUUCACUCAUCAUCACUUUAAAGUGCUCCUUCAAGAGCUUUUUAACAGCAACCUGAGAAACAAUGGUUCACUGCCAACUCUGGCUUUAAGUUUCAAGCCUGUUUCAUGUCUGACUACAGCUAUACUUUGGUCAGAUGUGUAAUUUGGUGCAUGUGACAGUAUACUAGAGUACACCUGUGCAGCAGUGAUGUAAGGUGAGUUCAGAAAAACAAGCUUUUAGGUGAGUGUUAAGUUCCUCUCUGAAGCAUUUAGCCGCUGAAUUUAGUACUUAAAUGUUAUAAUCAGUAGCAGUAAAGAACUGGACUGUCACCAAGAAUACAUUCAACUUUAAAUGUCUUUUACAAUGCAUUUUUCUACAUCAUUGUCCCACUUCCAUGCUAUAAUAUUAAUACAGCUAGGUGAAAACUAUGCACUAAUAUUAGUUGUGUACUAUUUUGGUAGAUAGCAAACCAGACAUUGAUUUUCUUAACAAUUUGACACUGACAGAUGAAGAUUACUUUCCCCAAAGACUACUGCCAAGAAUUUUCAAGGAUUUUGAGCGCAUUCUGAGCAGUCGCUUUAGUCUUUGCACUACUGUCUGCCUUUGUCAGUAUGUUGGUAUGAAGUAUGCAACUGGGACUCAGAUAGGUUUGCUUUGGAUUUAGUUCAGCACUUACCCUUUACAGCACAAGAUGGUCAGAGGGCAUUGUUCAUCUAGCACAAAUUGGCUUCAAACGUUCAGAAUAUUUUUGGGCCAUGUCUGAUAAGAAAAUAGUUUCCAACAUGUUUACCCUCAUUUAACCAAAGACAUCAGAAGCAUGGGAGAACAGAUGGAAAUGGGCUUUAUACUAAUUGUAACUGCUCUGCCACUGCUCAUUCCAAACUGUUGAUGUAUGACUGUGUGUGAGGGGAGUAGGUAGGGCUGCUGAUUGGUUUCAGAUCGUACUGCAUGGCGUAUAACAUCUGCUGUCAAACUUGCAAUUACUGACUUUUUGUUCACUUGGGGGUUAGUGGAAACAUGUUGUGACCACAAGCAACAGAGCAAUGUUAUUAUUCAUUGGAGUGGUUGUGUAACAUAUUCACUCCUUUUUUCCCUCUCUUUUUGGUCUCUACCAGCUCCUGGGGGAAAUAUGUGACUGUUUAGUGCUAAAUGCAUGGCAGUGUUCACCAACUAGUCUCUGUCUGUCAUCUGGUUCCUGUUGAGCAGGUAGAGUACAAUGGCUUUUUCUCUGAAAAUAGUUGUCUGCUGUGGUCAAAUAUGACACUAUGAGCACUAAAAGCGAACUAUAACUGUUAAGUUGCAGCUAGCUGGCUGAACAAUGAGCUGAAACUCACCAUUGAGCUCUUUCAAGAUAAGAUGGAGCUGCAGAUUGAGCUGAUCAUUUUCUGUAGGUUCAUUACUACCAGAGUGCGGUUGUAUUAUUUUCACAAUACAAUUUGUUGUUGUUACUGAUUAUAGCUGAUUUAAGGUUACAGACACACAAAUGCUGUCUUGCAUACCUGACCAGUAGACAAUACAUUUUGUCUACUGGUCAGGUAGCAAUGCUGUCAGGAUUCAUCAGACAGUUAGCAAAUGCAAUGAGAAGUGUACAUAUAGAUGUAUACCCAUAUAAAAUGAAAAAAGAAGUGGAUGUAUGAGAAAACGUGGUGUGUAUGAUGAAUAUAUAUCCCAGGUGACAGUCUACCUUAACACUGGAACAGACUGUGCAGGUGCUGAGCAAACAUUUAAAUUCUUAAGUUUUUGUUCUGUCUACCUCAUUACUGCUUUACCAUAAUUACAACAUUGCAAACCUAGUGAAAGCAAACAGGCAGGUCAAAAGACUAAUUCCUGUGUACAUUGUAUAACCAAGACAAUAAAAGUUCAAUCUACAGCUUUCAAAAUCAUGGAUGCCACCAGAGCACCAGCAUCUUUGCAUCAGUUUUAUUUACAACCAGAAAAGUAGGUGUUGGGUAGAAGACCAGCUUUUCUUCAGUGCAUGUCAUGUGGCUUUUUCCUCUCUUUCUACUAUCUCCUGAGUUACCGUUUUGUUUUUCUCCUUCACUAAAGGAAACAAAAAAUCUACAAAUGAACAACCUACUUGCUAAAAAUGGCAGGUUUUGUAAGAUGGGAUUGUGCAGGAAGGCAGGCCUACAGGGUUCUGUGAGGGAAUAACCUAUUUUAAUGACAGUGCACGCCUCCUUGCAUACAAAUGUUCCAUCUAAACUAUUCCACUUCAUAAUUUUGCUGGGGCACUGUUGCUGUCUGCUGGGCUUAGCAUUGCUCAAGACAAUUGUUGUUAAUAAAAAAGAAAUUAUACAAACAGGCCAGCAUCUUUCCCCAACUAGACACAUGCUGAACAUUGCUACUAUAUUAAUGCUAUUUAAAUGUCCCAAAUCUCAUACAUGGAACCAUGAAAUAUCAAACAGAACAAUUCAAACAUCAUGCAAAAAUUCAGUUUGCAACAAAGGGGUCCAUCUCCUCACAAAAACCUCACUCACACAACCAAAGAUGUUCCAUGAGAUAGCGACUGUACAGUGGAAUCUCUGAUAAUACACACUUUGCAGGAUAUUGUCUUUCAGUAUGUGUCACCAUCACCUACCUCCAUAUUAAAUUAUUUUAGCUGAACAUGAAGUAUGCAUAUCACUAUUAUGCCUUAUUUUCCUUAGAUUUGUGUUUAACGUCAAAGGUCAAAGUCAGAUUUCCUGUUUGCAAAACCAGUAAAGUAAAGCUGUAGUGGAACAUGACAGCUUAGAGUUUGUUAGAAGCACAUAGAGAAAUGCUAACGUACUGCCUGGCUGACUUACCCACUGGUGUCCAUGGGGAUAUGGAAUUUGUUGUGUGGGGUCAAUAAGAAUAGAAUCUUAUGUCCUGGAAGUUUAAAAACUCAUGUAGAGGAAUUUAUUGAAACAGGAGGGCAUGUUACAAUAUUGUCAUUGUGUAGAAUACUCAUGCUGAACACCUAAUUAACCCUAUUAGAGGCAGAAGAUCGUAAAAGUUUUUCCGUCCUCUUGAAACAUAUUUUUGCAGUUUCUGUUCCCAUUUUGAACCACUUGAAAGUGAAUGAAGUUAGAUUUUAAGACUGUCUUACAAAUGUCAACAUGUUUUAUUCCCAUUUUCAGUCCAGAGCUAAAACUGAUUCGUGUAAAGGUAACAGUUGUUUUACAUAUUAAAAGAACUGCUGAAAAUGCAUCACUGUACAUAGGCACAUGUAGCACAAUAAACAUCUCAUUCCGUGCACUGUAAAAAUGAAAAAGUUAGCAAGCAAUUUUAUUAUUUACACAGAAUGCAGUUGAACUAUUUGUUGUUUCUGACUCAUUUAUUUUUGUAUUUAUUUAUUUUUGUAUUUAUUGAUUUACAGGCUGCUUAUAAUGUCUGGACAGGAUAUGAAUAUUACUGAAAGCAGUUAUCAGAGCAGUAAUAUUGUUCAGAGAGUCAGAGAUGAACUUGCUUCUGGAGCUUUUCAUUUUUUGCAGUGUGUGUUUUCUAUGAUACAGAUGUAUGCACUUUAAAGCCAUGGUUGAAGGAAACCAUAUUCAGAAUAACUUUUGGCCAUGGCUUUUUGUGAUGAUGAUAAAACUAUGUGUGGUGUACAUGUUGCUGUCUAAAUGUGAUGUUCUGUGAUGAAAAACUAAAGAAUAAAAGUAAUCUAUAAUA